AUGUAUUCCUCGCCAACACAUGCAGACAACGUCAUCCAGUUCAAGGAAAUCGACCACUGGGUGGCGAGCGCAACGGACGGACAAAUGGUGCAGUAUACUUCACCGAAGUUUAGUGAAUGUCGGGAAUCCUUUCGGACGACAGAACUGCGAAUUCGGAUGCUUGGAAAUAGCAGGAACCUUCGUGAGAUGCAGGCAACGGGGUUGGAUGUGGCGAUUACACGUGUUGUGGGCGGUGACGUUGAGACUGACGGCGCAGUGAAUUUUUGCAUGCACAAGCCAUUUUGA